AACCCACCAACUUCCGCACACAAUCUAAGGUGGGGUAUAAGCUCUAUCUGAUACUGGGUUCGGGAUGAUGAUACUUAGAGGCUGAUGGCUCCUCACCUCCACCUCAUGGGCCUGAAAGUAAUGAUUCAGCUUCUGGGCGAGAAGCUGUACCUCUAUUUGGGCGUCAGCCCUGGAGCUAUAAGCUCUAUCUUGUUACGAGAGGAAGGGGACACUCAACGCCCCAUCUAUUAUGUCAGCAGAACCUUGAGGGACGCCGAGCUUAGAUACUCAGUGGUGGAGAAAACAGUCCUGGCCGUUGUCAACACGGUCAAGAAGCUGAAUCAUUACUUUCAGGCCCAUGAGGUGGAGGUGAGGAGCCAUCAGCCUCUAAGUAUCAUCAUCCCGAACCCGACCACCUCCAACAGGGUUAUCAAGUGGUCUGUCUAUCUGACCCAGUAUCAGAUAGAGAUGAAUCCAAGGACAGCGAUCAAGGCCCAGGCCUUGGCUGAUUUCAUGGUAGAAUGCACGAUGGCGCCCUCGGAAGUGUUUGUCCCAACCUGGAGGGAGGAACACUAUGAAGCUCAGGAAAACGAGGAAACCAUGACGGCCAACCUCCAUUUUGUUGAAGAACGUCGGGAGCGAGCUUUCCUUAGGGCCGAGAUCGAUCGAAGGCAGGUCAAAGAAUAUUACGACCGCAAGGUUCGAGCAAGGGAAUUCCGAGUAGGAGACUUAGUGCUCAGGAAAAGAGAGGCUAGCCAGCCCAAAGAGGGAGGAAAAUUUUCCAAGAGUUACGAAGGACCGUACAAGGUCGUAGCCGUGCUCAGGCCAGGGACCUACAAGCUUUCCACGCUUAAAGCCAAAGAUGAUGUUGAUCAAGAGGUAACUUCACAAACCUCCUGUUCAUCUUCUUAUGAAAGCAUACCAACUUCUGAAAGUCUUUUUGACAAGUUCAAAAAGAUGAUGGAAGAUUUUGAGGAAAUAAAUCUCAAACACUCAUCCUUAAUAGAGGAGAACAAGCUAUUGAGUGAAGAGAAUCUCAAGUUGACUGAAGGUCGGAAAAGUCAACUAGAUGAGAUCACUCAACUCAAGACUGAAAAUAAAUCUCUCUCUGAAAAGGUGAAACCCCUCAACAAGGAGCUAGGGAUACUUAAGUCCAAAGAAGCAGUGGAUAAGCUUCUUGAAGCGACCAAACAAAAUGGUCGUGAAGGACUUGGGUUUGACCCCUCCAAUUCCAAAAGGAAAGGGAGAACAACUUUCAUCCCUCCUAAACCUACUGCCAAACCCAAUAAGCAGAAAGGAAAGGAAAAGGAGAAACCCACAGAAGUUCCCAAAAAGAAAUUGGAAGCCAAAUGCUCUUUACCAACGUUCUACCAAUCCUAUUUGGAGAUGAUUGCUGCUCAAGAGCUCUCCGAAUUCCUUCAUAUGGAGAUUCGAUUCAAGUAUGAGAACGAAGUUCUUAAAUUCUACAAGAACGGAAAGGUCAAGACUGUCCAAUCAAAGAAGAAUCCACAUAGGACGAUUCAAAUUAUCAAGUCCACUGUUGGAGGGGCUAAAGUGAAAAUUCCGCAGAAGAAAUUGAAGGAGAAACUUCAUCUUCCCAAUACAGGAAGUGAAAUUGGGAGACUUCCGGCCAAGAAUCUGGAUUGGAAGACUAUUGGGAUUUCUGGGCAAAUCCCAUCUGGCCCAGCGAAGAAAUCAGAUUUGAAGAAUGAUUACAAGUUAGUCCUGGAACUGGUCAUCGCAUACCUUGAAUGUGGCAGUGGAGGACAUGCUGAUGACAUCAUUCAAGAGAGGGCCUUCAUCAUCAACGCCCUCCUUACCAAAUCUAAGGUAAAUUGGGCUGCACAUUUCUUCAAUUCCAUUUCCAAGCACUUAGGAAAGCCCAAACAGAAAUAUUUGUGUCAAGGACUGUACCUUGGGUACAUUUUGGAGUCCAUGGGCGUUGCCUCUAAAGGCAAGAAGUAUAAUGACAGAUAUUGGCUAUACUAUCUGUCUUCCAAAGGGGAAAACAGAGCUGGCACUAGUGCAACUACAGAGGAAAGUUCUUUAGACAAUGUCCUUAUCAUGAGUCUGAAGAAGUCAGUAAAAAGGAAGCAAGUGGUGUCUCCCUCUCCCAGUGCUGAAGCACCACAGAAUCUAGCAUUGUUGAAUCUGGAAAAAGAAGAAGAAGAAGUUUCUACCCAAGGAGAACUACAAAGGAAGAAGAAAAGGAAAAUCACCUCUCCCUCAACAUCUGGAAAUACCAACCCGGAUGAGUUGGUGGAAAAGGAAUCUGCUCAAGUUGAUGAUGCUGAGAACCAAUUCUGGCAGCUCUAUUAUGACUGGAGAGCUUGGAAGGUUGGGAACUCAGCAGAACAGUUGGUGGGAUUAGACCAACAACUGAAAAAUGAGAAAAUAAUCAAGAGAUGCUUAGGUCUGCCAGUCAACUAUUGCCGUGAGCAAAUCCUGGAUGUUGACUGGAUAUGGCAAAGGAACUAUGAAGACUUGCAUCUGGAACACUUGGUCACCUCACCAGUUUUAGAAUUUGAGGCUGACGAUGAAGAUCUUGCAGUCAACAGGCCAAUCUUCUCAAAGGCUACAAAAGAUCAGAUGGCUCUUAUCACUGAAGCACAAGCAGAUAUGGAAGCCACAUCUGAGGAUUUCCGAGUUUUCCUGGAAACCUCCCCUGCCAUUGAAACGGUUCUGACUAAAGCUGACCAAGAGAAUGCAGUUUCUACUCCGCAAGAACAGAACCAGGAAACCUCAGAAGAAGAACUUCAGCAACUCAUCCAAUCUCAAGUCCUUGAGAUUCACACAACUCCCUGUGAGAUCUCCAAUCAGCUUGAACUUGAGAUUCCGGAAAAAUCUACUGGAAAUCUGGAGGAGUCCACUGCUCCAGAAGCAAAUGAAUUCCAAGAAGAGCAAGCUGUAGAAAUCCAGAGGAGUUCUGCAGAAGCUGAAAAGGAAGCUCAAAUAGAUGGACUGGAGACCUCUGAAACUCCAGCUGCUAUCCCUGAGCAAAACAUUGGAGCUGAAGAAAGAGAUUCCCUCUCUAGGGAUAUCUCUAAUUUUAUGCUUGGUGAGACAGAGGAAGAAUCAGAGAAGACGCUAAGGAUUGAUGAUGAAGAAGCUGAGCAAGGAGAUGCUGAAUCCCUCCCUCUGCAACUCUUCCACAGAGCACCUUCCUCUCAUCAGCAUGCCUCCUUCAGGCAAGAGAUAGAGCAGAUGGAAGCUAGGCAUAACAAGCUAAUGGAGAAAUCCGAAGAAAAACAUUUCUCAGAUCUCAAGGAGAUAAGCAAAUCGGUGGACAAGACUCUAGAGAUUAUUUCUCUUUUGAGUAACUCUGUGAGCAACACAAUGGAAGCUUAUGCAUCUGAUUGUCAUCUUCAACUCAAAGAAGUUAAUAAAAUCAGAGAGCAAAUAGCAACUGUCAUAGUCAGCCUUCAGAAGCAGAUGGCAUUCCUUGAGAUGGAUAUCAGAUCAGCAUUGGCAGUGUCUUCAGCAAAUCAGGUAGUAACCCAAGACUACUUGAAGGUUAUUGCUGAAAAUCAGAAGGAAGCAUUCAGGCUGGUCAGGCACUUUGGAACAUACACUGGCAAUCGCAAGAUAGAUGUAAUUGUCCAACACAAUAGUCCAUCCCUAAUUCCACAGUUGCCUAUUGAAGUCAAGAAAGGAGAGCUCACUUACAUUCCAUCUCAUCUGAACAUGAUGGAACUGAUACUGGAAGCCCAGCAAGGCAAUCCGGAGAACUCAACUCAACAUCUAACAGACUCUGGCCUUGAUGGAUCAGAAGUUGUUGGAACCAUUGCCUCCCACUUCUCAGAUGAUGCACAAAAAAAGGAGAGAUACAACAAUCUCAGGCGCAUCAAAGAACAGUGUGGAAUUAUGCAAGGCAUUGAAGGUGGUAAAUUCCUAGGCUAUCUCGUCAGCCGACGGGGUAUCGAGCCCAACCCGGAGAAGGUCAAGGCAAUCCUGGAUAUGGAAGCCCCCCGUUCCAUAAAGGAGGUGCAAUGUGUGACGAGAAAGAUGGCCGCACUCGGCCGAUUUUUGUCAAAAUCAUCCGAGAAGAGCGUCCCCUUCUUUGGUACGCUGAAGAAGGUCCCGAAGUUCCAGUGGAUGCCCGAAUGCCAAAUGGCGUUUGAAGAAUUGAAGAAGUAUUUACUGACCCCGCAGGUGUUGGCAAAGCCAGUCAAGGGCGAGAAGCUGUACCUCUAUUUGGGCGUCAGCCCUGGAGCUAUAAGCUCUAUCUUGUUACGAGAGGAAGGGGACACUCAACGCCCCAUCUAUUAUGUCAGCAGAACCUUGAGGGACGCCGAGCUUAGAUACUCAGUGGUGGAGAAAAUAGUCCUGGCCGUUGUCAACACGGUCAAGAAGCUGAAUCAUUACUUUCAGGCCCAUGAGGUGGAGGUGAGGAGCCAUCAGCCUCUAAGUAUCAUCAUCCCGAACCCGACCGCCUCCAACAGGGUUAUCAAGUGGUCUGUCUAUCUGACCCAGUAUCAGAUAGAGAUGAAUCCAAGGACAGCGAUCAAGGCCCAGGCCUUGGCUGAUUUCAUGGAAGAGCGGAUGCGCCUGUACAAAGAGGUGGCCCUGGAAUUGCUCAAGAUCCUCAAAGGAUACGAGCUGGUGCAAAUUCCUAGGGUGGAGAACACUGAGGCCGACGUCCUCUCCAAAUUGAGCAAUGAUAGCCCUGAGCACAUCUCCAAAAUGGCCGAUGUUGGAGACCUGGGAUCCCCAAGCAUUCACGUACAACUCAUAUCUGUUAUCACCGGGGACCCCGAUGGCUGGAUGGCGGAGUUGACCCGGUACAAGAAGGAUGGGAUCCUUUCCGGUGGCGAGACAGCGGCCCGUUUGAUCAAACGCAGAGCGCCGACGUAUGUCAUUGAGAAUGGCCAAUUGUAUAAAAGGUCAUACAAUGGCACACUGUUGAGAUGUGUUGAUGAAACAAGGGAAGAGCAGAUCAUGGAAGAAGUCCAUGAGGGAGUAUGCGCGGCACACCAAGGUCCUUUCUCAAUGGCUAGACGCAGAGUCCUACAGGGAUAUUUCUGCCGACCAUGGUGAAGGACUGUGCCAAACGCGCUAAGUGCUGCAAAGUGUGCCAGAUUUUUCAGAACAUCCCCGGAAGGCCAGGAAAAAACUACCUCGCGGAGUAAUGUUCAAAAUUUGUGAGAAACAACAUACUCAGCUGAUAUGGUGUCCCGAAGCAGAUCACUAUAGAAAACGGGACCCAAUUCGAGGCUGGAGAUUUCAAUGAACUCUUGCAAGGAUG